CCGAGCUGCGCUGCACUUGUGCUACCAACACCACCGUUUCAUUGAUUCAAACACUCAGCUAAUCCCAACACGCAAACAAAUAUUUUUUCGAUAAAUUAAUUUUAAAACUAUUUCCUGUCAACAUAUCUUUCGUGAACAAGAAGGAAAAAUCAACGCUACAUUUGCCGGGAACUUCUCUUGGAUACAACAUACCUGGGAUUUUUUUUCUGUUCUCUCUCGUAGCCUUAUAGAUCUCCAUCCAUCGUGUUGUCAUUUUGAGAACUCAGUUGGUGUAUCUGUACGGAUACCAAUACGUUCCCAUUUAUGACAGACUGAAUAACUGCUAUGACAGGGAAACUAGCGGACAAGCUCCCUCUUACCAUGAGCAGUUUAAUAAACAUUCCUGAAAGCCUAUACGCUGAAGAGGACAUUCCUACGUCUAUGAACAUUUUCACCAGCACGGAUUCUAUUUCUCACUACUCUCAGAUGAACACAGACAAUAUCAUGGAUUUGGGGAUGGGCAGCGAAAAGGGCACUGCGGAGCUCCAGUACGGCUCCGGCUUCCAGCCAAACCGCAGUGGACAGACAGUGACCUACCUGGGGAAGUUCGCCUUUGACGCACCCCCCUCUGGUGGGAUAGGCGGUUCGGGCUGGUGCUCAGAUAACAACAUCAUUAGUCUAGUGAGUGCAGGCAUCCUGGGCGUCUCUCCGUCACCUGGCACCAUCACCACUCAGACCUCCUCGUCAGGGGGGAGCAUGGCUGGCCAGUCCUCAGAGAUGGAGCAAGUGUAUGGCGCACCGCUGCCUGCUUACUCCAACUGCAGCGACAUAUAUCAGGACCAAGUCGCCUUCCACCACAGCCCUGCCACCACGACCACCCCGCUCCCCUACCCUGGAACUGACUACCACACCACCUCCAAACCCUCUAUGGACAGCAGCCUCUUCUCCAUGAUCCCCGACUAUAACCUCUUCCACCACCAGGGUGAGGUUGGUGUGAUGGAGCACAAGCCUUUCCAAACCAUGGACCCCAUCCGCGUCAACCCUCCGCCCAUCACUCCCCUUGAGACCAUCCGGGCCUUCAAAGACAAGCAGCAGAUCCAUCCGAGCUUCAUCAGCGGGCAGCAGCAUGCCCCGCAGCACCAUCAGCCCCCUCAGACUCUGACCCUGAAGCCCAUCCGGCCUCGGAAGUACCCAAACCGGCCCAGCAAGACCCCCGUGCACGAGCGGCCGCACGCCUGCCCGGCUGAGAACUGUGACCGGCGCUUCUCCCGCUCAGACGAGCUGACGCGCCACCUGCGCAUCCACACGGGCCACAAGCCCUUCCAGUGCCGCAUCUGCAUGCGGUCCUUCAGCCGCAGCGACCACCUGACCACCCACAUCCGCACGCAUACGGGCGAGAAGCCCUUCUCCUGCGAGUUCUGCGGGCGCAAGUUCGCCCGCAGCGACGAGCGCAAGCGGCACGCCAAGGUGCACCUCAAGCAGAAGGACAAGAAGCUGGCGGACAAGGCGGGCGGGGCGUCCGGCAGCCACAGCUCCCCCCCCAGCUCCUGUGGCAGCGCAGGGGGCAGCAGCGGGAGCAUCAUGACUGUCACCACCUGCGCUUAGGAACCAGCCCCCGGCGUCUCCUAAGACAAGACUGGAAAAAAAGAGAGGCCUGCUUUCACAAUGAGACAAGCAUAAGACUCUCACACAAUCUCUUUCUUGCUCUCUCUCUCUCACACUCUCUAUCUCUCUGCUUUCUUAUGUUUCCAGAUGAGAAACCCUUCCCUUCAUGUUAAGAUUGACUUUUUUUUGUUUUAAGAUGGGGGAAGGGUGAGGGAGUCAGUUCCGUCUGCUCAGCACAGAGAGGCCGGAGUGCUCGGUUGCCUUUCUCCAAUCAUGGCAGCAGGUGAAGGAGCACACAAGGAUGGGCUGUCCCGGCGACCAUGGUACUUCCGCAGGGCUGUGUCAAAGUGGUGUGGGAUUUCAAGUCCAGUCUGAUUCUGGCAGCUUUUGUUUCACGUAUCCAGAAAAAUCCUCUAGGAAACCACGAUGGGGAGGGCUAUCAGUAAGGGUGGUCUGAGUUUUGGCUGAAAUAGGCAGAAUUUACAGUAUGGCUUAAGAGACAAGAUGAGCCAUUCUUGGUCUGUUAGGGUUGUUAAAUAUUUUUUGUUUGUUUGUUUGUUCAUUUGUUUUAACAGUAUAAUGGAUAGUGUUUGCUCACUGUUGAUGAUACCUUAUUUGCUGCACUUUUGGAUUGCCUAUCCUUCUGUUUAAACUGUAAUGUUUUUAACUGAACUGUUGUACAACAGAAUGUGCCAAAAAUGGAAUGUGAUGGUACUGCCAACUUGAUUUCUAAAUUGUGCCGGGAUUGAGUGAAAAUCCCAGGGAUAUAAACAUUUUAUACAUUGAUUUUAUGGCUGAUUUGUUUGCCUUCACCCUUAAAGUAUUCAAAUGCUUUUUAUGUUUCAAGUAGGCAUUAAUUGUUGAGUACCUAUCCUAGGUUAAAGAGAUGUUGAUCUAGUUUUCGGUACUGCAGACAUUCAGUUCACAAAGCAGUGUCGCCCCCAUCUACUGCUGCUCAGUAAAACUAAAAUGCCUUUUUGAGAACAAUGUGAAGCAUGCCAAUAAGGAUUCUGUCUUUCUGCUGAGGGUACAUCCCUCAAUAUCAAAAUGCUCCUCAUAUUCCCAGUUUUGAAAUGCCAUGAAGUUAGUGAUUUGACUUUCUUUACUUUUCAUAUGUUGAUAUGGCAGUUGUCAGGGCAAAACGUGUGUGCUCCAGUCUUCAGCUCACAACUGGGUCUUUGAUGUAUCAUUUCAAUAGAGGAGUUCAUUCCAUAUUUGUCCUUCAUCUUUGCUGUCUAAUUCAUAUGUUUAUGAAUAUUAAUGUGUACCAGCUAUCUCUAAGCAAAGCAAAUACAAUGAAAUAAGAUGUAUAUUAUUGAAGAUAUUAUGGUUCAUGGUUUACAUAGCUGUAUCACAAGAAAUGCAAGUUAUCCAGUCCAUGUGAGACCAACGGAGAACAGUGGGAAAGCAUAAUAUGUACACAUUUAGGAUUUAGGAUGUAUAGACAUCCUAAAUGACAUUUAGGAUGUAUAAGAUGUCCUCUUUCAGGCAAAAUUGUUGUUGUGUGUCAUCUUUUCAUAUCUGGUUUUGGUCACUUGAUCUGUAUUUUAGGUUCUACUCCUCUUGAGAACGUUUUUGAAUAUUUUGCAAAUGUCGAUGAAAUACUGUUACACAGGCAAUCUAGGACUGAUGUACACUCUUACAUACCAUAUUUAAAAUUCUGUCUGAAAAUAUAAUUUCUGCCACUGUAUUGUAAACCAACGACAUUGCUGGCUAUGACUAGAGUUGAAUUUUCAAGCCUUUAUGUGUGUUACUGCUGACUGAAGCCUGCCAGAUAUAUGCCUGCCUAUUGAGACCUUGUUCAAUGAAAACUGUUCAAAUAUUUUGCAUAGCACUCCAAGCUCUGCGAGAGCCCCAAACACAGAGAGAUGGAACUAAUUUUUAAGAGUAUUGUCACCGUUACAUUUCAUACUGGAAACAGUGUGAGAGAUUUUAAACAUCUGAGAGAUUGAGAAAUUUUGUACAGAAAUAAAUUAAGAUAUAUUACUACAACUUUUAUACCCAGAAUGUAAAAAGCGCAGUAGCUGUCUUCAGUAUUAAAUGUUGUGAGUGUGUGUGUAUGUGUGAAUAUGUAUGUAUAAUAUAUAUUAUAUAUUAUACAUAUAAAUUAUAUACGCAAGCACAACAAAAUUGACUGAAUGUUUAUACAGAGGAUUUCUUAAGAUGCUUUUUUGAUGAAGCAAAAUAUUUGUACAUACAGUACAGAAUGUUUAUGAUGAUUAGACUGUUUGCGCAGAGGACUUGGUUGUCUGUGUGCACAGCCAAUGAGAGUGGACAUUGGAGUACCGGCUGGAGGGGAGCAUUGAGACAGUGUAAUACGUGGUGCAUUUUCUUAUUUCUAAGGUUUCAAAUGUUAUAUGUGUUGUACAUACAAAAAGGGAAAAAAAAUUCCUGGAGACACACUGAAUAAGGUGUUUAUAAAAUUAAUAAAUGCAAAAAAGCCUGAAACCUGUUUUUGUGUACUUUAAUUCCAUUAUUCCUGAAGAGUAGGCCAUUCUUUCAUGGGAGUAAUAAUACGAUAGUUCUUCUACUCCUGGACAUGAUACACGUAUUAAUAUGUACGUACCCGAGGUCCUUGGCGAACGACUCUUUCAAAUUGUGAAUGGGGGUGCAUUCCAAAACAUGUUCUCAUAUAGUCUGAACAUGUGCUGAAAGGUGGAUCAUAUUGACAGCAGGCACAUAGCAAAUUCAUCUAACAGCAAUAUCUAUAACAAUAUCUAUAAUCAGUUUCCAGUUCAAGGACUUGAAGUUAUCCUCGGAAACCAGUUCUGCAUUAUCCUCAUAAAAACUAAUUUUGUGAACAAAAUAACAUUGCCAUAGUCACAGAAAUAGAAUGCCUGUUUAUCACAAGAAAUGUGCACACACCCACUGUAAAAAGGCCUGUGAAGAAUUUCUUGAGAACUGAUAGACUGAAAUUUUGCUUCAGGAAAAAAAUGGUGUUCAUGUGCCAGUUUUUGAAACCACACUACACUGUUCUCAAUGCUCCAUUAUAUCAGCGUGGCUGCUAGUGGACUUCCCUGCCCUGACUGUGCUUGUCUUUCAGUGGGGUCAAGUGUAUCUCUUACCUUUAGUCUGAUUCGCCUAUGGUUUGUGCAUUAUGUUAUGUGUCAAGUGGAGGACCAGUAUCUCAAAGAACGUUUGCCUACGAUGACGGUACUAACAAUAUUGUAGGGCAAAUAUACUAGCCAAAAUACAACAUAUUCUCAGCAGUAUGCAUCAGUCUUUUCAGAUGUUGUUUGGAAAGGAUCUGUUCUGGUGGGGAAAAAAAACUCAAAAAUACCCUCAAGUUAUAAAACAGUGCUUUUGUUUCAGAGUUUUGUUGCGGGAAGAAUGAAAGCCAUUU